CCCUCCUGUGGUGCGGAAGGGAGCUGCUUCCGACCAAACACAUCUGGCCACUGGCAACUGCAAAGACACAAUUGCACCCAUCAACCAUCAAACAACUCUACAAAAGUCAAAGUUGCUACCGGUACAAUGAUGAUGAUGGGUAAGGGUUCCUUCUCUGUGUUGCUGCUCUGCUUUGGGGGCUGCUCUUGUAGCUUAUCGGCAGGUUACGUUCCUUCGACUGACCCCGCUCAAAGAAAGCUCUUGCAACGGCCAAAGCUUCAAACCGUGGAAGUCACGAAAGUGAAAGGUCCUACUACUACUACUAAAACUAAUCGUGUCCGUCUGGACUCUAUUUUUCAAACCAAUCCUUUGGAGAAGUUUCAUCAACAGCAGCAUCAGAGAAGGAUUAAAAACCAAAAUGAUGAGGUCAUUGUGGAGGUCGAGCCUCUCAUGGUGGAAGUCGAAGAUGUUGAUGAAGAAGAAGACCCAGUGCCAACGGUUCACAUUCCAGACGGCCCCGUGUUCAAUGGUCCUAAUACUGCCGUGACCCACUAUGAGGAUGACGAUCUGCAACGAGGAAGAGAAAAAGAGGAAGGAAGGCAAGCUCUCUUCGAGUCUGCUUCGGCAUUCCUGGCCGGCUUCACCGAUGUCCUUUGCCUGGCUCAGUAUGGCUGUUUUGUCAACAUGAUGACCGGGACGCUCCUCAAGAUGACCACGGCCAUGGCCAACUUUCAAACCGUCGAAGCCCUCGUCCAUGCCCUCUUUGUGGGAAGUUACAUGGCCGGUGUCUCCCUCUUUGAUUGGGUCAAGACGUCCAAUGACGACGACGACAAGGCUGCCCUACGGUGGGUAGCCCCCAUUGUCUUGGCGCUCUUUGCCACGGCCGACUGUGUGGCGCGACAGUGGGCUGGUCCCAAGUUGUUGCAAGUCCCCUUCUUGGCCAUGGGGUUCGGGGUGAUCAAUACAGCGGCAAGUCAUGCCACGGGCAAUACCAUAUUCUUUGCCAUGACGGGUCACUUGACCAAACUCACCACUGGUCUUCGGAACACAAAACAACAGGCUGACAAUGCAGUCAUGGCCAGGUCCAAGUCCAUUCUUCGUCACUUUUUGAUGGGUGGUCUGGUCGCAGCUGUGUUGUCACGCGAGAGACUUUUCUUGUCCAGUGCGGUGAUGUUGCCACCUCUGUGCACGAGUUUGGGGCUCUUGUAUGCUGCCCUGUUUGCCUGGUACGCCCCCAUCACGGGGGUGAUUCCGAGAGCAGUAGCACUCGGCAGUACUCUGAGCCGAAAGCUCCGGCGUGCCCUUGGAUUGGGUGCCAUUGGAAGAGACACGAUUGCCGGGCAGCCAGAACUGAUUCCAGUUCCCGUUUUUGUGGACGUGCUACCCACUCCCACAACCAGCAACUACACCUUCAGUGGGUAUUAAAGGCGCUUUCUCCAAUUGAUUGCAGUUGGAUUUUGAAAGAAAACAUAGACAAACUAAAUUGGGAUAAACUAAAGAUAGAAGAAUAUGCAUAACAGUG